UUAUAUUUUCGUUGACAUUGAAUGAAUGAAAAGUGCAGUGCAGUCCAGUUCAUACCUUUAAUAUAUCAUUUUUGGCUUUUAGCAGAAAAUAAAUGGAGCCAAAAUGUCACCGCUUAGGCGGAAGCCGUGUAGAGGAUGCGGACGAACAAUCACACAACAUAGUAUACCAUGGUAUUUUGGAUGAUACACCUUUAUUACCUUCAGCUUCUGUGCAGCAGGAGGCAAUGACGGAAAGAGUGGAACCUUUUACAUCAGGGAAGACAUCUUUUGGACUAUCGGUUUUCAAUUUGAUGAACGCUAUAUUAGGGAGUGGGAUCUUGGGCUUACCCUAUGCAAUGGCACAAUCUGGUAUUAUCCUCUUCAGUGUGAUGCUGUUGCUUGUUGCAAUGAUGGCAAACUACACAAUCCACCUCCUGCUUAAGAUGUGUGACAUCACAGGUCAUAGGUCAUAUGAAGAUAUAGGGAACAGUGCAAUGGGUGUCUCAGGAAAGCUAAUGGCAGCUUCUGCUAUACUCCUUCAAAAUGUUGGUGCUAUGUCAAGUUAUUUAUUUAUUGUAAAGAAUGAGAUGCCAGCAGUUCUCAAGACGUUCCUCCAUGAAGAUCAGACAGCAAAUGAAUGGUAUGUAAAUGGUGACUAUUUGGUCCUCCUCCUUGUGUUAUUGAUCAUCCUCCCCUUGGCUUGCCUGCCAAAGAUUGGUUUCCUUGGUUACACCAGUGCCUUCUCCAUUCUAUGCAUGGUCUUCUUCACAGUGGGGAUUGUGUACAAGAAGUUUGGAUUUCCAUGCCCUAUUCCUGUUACACCAGGACCAAAUGUCACUGUAGAGAAUAUUUUUGAAAACUACAUGUACUACCAUCCUAAAGAUAACCAGACUGACCAAUGCAAGGCCAAGCUCUUUACUAUCACUCUUCAGACAGCAUACACCAUACCGACAAUGGCUUUCUCAUUCGUGUGCCACACAGCAGUACUUCCCAUCUAUGCAGAAUUAUCAAGACCAACAAAGCGCAGGAUGCAGAAUGUUACUAUCACGUCUAUUGGAGUUUGUUACACCUUGUAUAUGAUAGCAUCUUUGUUUGGAUAUCUUACAUUCUAUGAUGGUAUCAAUAGUGAGAUACUCCAUGGCUACAGCGAAUACAAAGAGGAUGACCUUCUUAUCUUGAUCAUCAGAAUAGCUGUUCUUACUGCCAUUGUAUUCACAGUACCCAUCAUACAUUAUCCUGCUCGUCUAGCUUUCAUGAUGAUAGCCGGGACUGCCUUUCCUGUAGCAUCAGCCAGGUAUUCAUGGAAACUUUAUUUCCUGACGACAUUUAUUCUGCUUGCUUUAGUCACAACAUUCGCCAUCUGUGUUCCAAACAUCAUGGAAAUAUUUGGUGUCAUAGGUGCUACUGCCUCGACCAGCUUGGUCCUCUUUCUUCCAUGUCUUUUCUACCUCAAACUUGGUCAGGAGCAGCUCAAAUCAUCAUCUAAAAUCAUGGCCGUCAUCCUCCUAGUAGUGAGUGUAGCUCUCCUCAUCCUCAGCCUGACCACCAUCAUGUAUGGAAUCAUUACAAAGGAUACAUGAUGCACUCUCUCCAUCUCAUUAAAUACCAAAGAGACAAAUAUGUGGCCAAAAUGAUUAGCCUUCAGGAAGGACAAACUGGUUCAUUAGGUACUAGGCUCAAAUCUCUGUCUCAUGAGUUAGUGCUUCAUUGAAAUCUAUAUUGAGGGUGAGAUGAUGAUAAUAUGCAAUGUUCAUUAGACAUGCAUACACACAAAUUAUGCAUGCAUAGUUUGUGAUAU